UCGCCCCGGGGAGUUUCUACGCCAAUCCGGACCCUCGCCCUCCAUCAUCCAGCCCUCGACACACACCCCAUGUCCCACGCCUCGGCCUAAGACACGACAGUUCACGAGCAAAAAAAACGGACCAAUGCCAUUCCUUUGCAUCAAGUGUAUUUCCCUCGACUCGAGUACCUCGACACGACAGAUACGCCCCCUGCUGCUCAAUUGCCUAGUCAUACUCCCGAGUACUGCCUUUGCUAAUAUGUAACCACACCCCUCGGCCCGCCAUUCCCCAGGACACACACGCGCACGCACACACACACACACACACACACACUUUCUCUCACUGUCCAACCAACACCAACCCACACUCCCCUUCUCUCUCUGGCAAUGGCCCCGUCCAGCCCGCACAAGCCCGCGCAGGCUGCCGGCAUCCAUCUCCACCCUCAGGACAGCGCCAUGCACUUGCAAGACACGCCCCAUUCCCCGCAAACUGCCCCUGCUUCGCCCUACCCCACGUCGCACACGUCCGACACCGUGACAGACGACGACGAAGGAUUAGCAGGCUCCUCGUCGGACUCGGGCUUCGAUAGCGGCAGCCUCUUGGGCGAUGGUACCGACUCGCUUGCCUCGUCUAUCCUCAACCACCGCAUGGAAAACGGCCGCCAGUACCAUGCCUACCGCGACGGCGCAUACUGGGGCCCCAACGACGAGCUGGCAAAGGAGAUCCUCGACUUUGCCCACCACAUGUACCUCCUGACCCUUGACCAGAAACUGCAUCUGGCCCCUCUGCAGAAUCCCCAGGCUAUCCUCGACUGCGGCACCGGCACCGGCAUAUGGGCCAUUGACAUGGCAGACCAGUAUCCCUCAGCCACCGUCACCGGCACUGAUCUCUCACCCAUCCAGCCCGAGUGGGUCCCGCCAAACUGCCAUUUUGAAAUUGACGAUGUUUCCUUAGAAUGGACCUUUCCCCCAAACCACUUUGACUUUGUCCACAUUCGCGAGCUGUUUGGCUGCAUCCCGGACUGGGACUUUUUCUUCGCCCAGGCCUAUCGCCAUAUCAAACCCGGCGGCUGGGUCGAGAUAGUAGAGCACUCAGUGUGCCCCGUUGCCGACGAUGAUUCCAUGAGUCCGGACCACUUUUACCAUACCUGGGGCAAGGUCGUGGUCGAGAUGGGAGACAAGUUUGGCAAGAGCUUUACCAUUUGGGAAGAGAGCGCAGAGAGAAUACGGAGGGCCGGCUUCGUCGAUGUCACCGUCGUCGACUUCAAGUGGCCAAUGAACGGUUGGCCUACGGACAAGAAACUGAAGAACAUUGGCAGAUGGAAUCAGCUACGCCUCAUGGACGGAGUCGAGGGAUUUAUGCUGCGGUUACUGACUCAAGUCGGCGGCUGGUCAGUCGCGCGAGCCCAGCUACACCUAGCCCAGAUGCGCAAGGAGCUCAAGAGCUACAAAACCCAUGCAUACCUUCCUGGAACCGUUGUUUACGCCCGCAAGCCCUUUCGCACGUGAGAGAGAAACGUCGUACUAUUGAUAUGUCCUCCACAGCUACUUCUUGCAUAUGGGGUACAAUCCAACCACCUGCAAACAUGGUGAUAGACGGACGGCCAGCAUUCUCUCCCUACUGGUACAUUCUGGCAUCACCGUCAUCACGUAUAUCUUCCAAACCCGAGGUUGGUAGCACAAUUGC